GGAGCGGGGAAGACGGUUAACUGCCACCGGGAGUUAGGAGGCCGAGCCAAGCGGUGGGAGUGCAUUCCCAGAGCCCAGGGAACCCGGCCGGACGGAUCUCGGACUGGGGCGAUUCCUAGUUUCCCCGCUAACCCCUAGGAGCCCUCACCCCCAACCUAGUCAUGACGUCUCCUCUGUGUGGGGCGGCCACAUCCAGCGCCCUGCCUGCUGAGGACCAAGUUUCCACCUCCCCCGAGGUCAGACGCGGCCCAACACGGGGAAGGCGCCGCAAACCCCAAGGCAAAGGCGCAACUCAAGGCGGGUCCCCACCCCACCCCAAGUCGGGACCCCUCCACACAUCCGCUGUGGAGAAGGAGGUGGCUGAGUUUCAAAGGAAGAUACAGUUAUUAGAGGCUAACCGGAAGGCCUUUCACGAGAGCACCCAGGGGACCAUUAAGAAGAAUCAGGAGACAAUCGAUCAGCUCCAUGAGAACAUCAAGAUGUCGCAGCUGCAGUUGAAGGACCUGCUCCAGAGAGAUGAGAAAGUGGUCCAGGCAGUGACUGAGGAAUGGAAGUCGGAGUGGCCCUACCUGAAGAACAAAACAUGCCAGCAGGCCCUGGAGUACCUGGACCACCAGCUGAGUAAGAAGGUGAAGCAGCUCAACGCUCUGCACUAUCAGGUGGGCUUGCGGCAGAAGCGGCUGGCGGAGCUCCAGCAGGAGGACCACCUGCGUGAAAAGCAGAUGGCCGAGGCGCAAGAUAGCAACACGGAGAUGGCAAGGACCGUGCGGUCCCUGGAGAACCGCCUGGAGAAGGCCCUGAUGAAGGCGGGGGAGGCAGAACGCAUCAGCAAAGUGUACCUGCAGCUCAAGGCCCAGCUACAGGUAGGGACCAGGAGGGCCUGGGGUGGGGGCAAAGGCAGGGGGGGCCACACUGGCAGGGACAGCGGUCACAGGCCUGCCCCAUUCCCCGUGUCCCAGGAAGAGAACCGUCACUUGAAGAACCGGGUGGACGUCAUGGAAGCUGAGGUGGUGAAGGCGGAACACGAGCUGGAGGAGCUGCAUGUGGUGAAACAGGAGGCGCUCAAGGCCAGGGAUAUCGCCAAGAACGAGCUGCAGUGUCUGGAGGAGACCAUGUCACAGGAGCGCAAGAAGCGCGAGCGUCACCUAACCGAGUGCCGGAAGAGCCUGGAGGAGAGAACACUGCAGAAGCAACACAGCGAGGUCGAGACCCAGAGUGGGCACUCGCUGCUGCCGUACAGCGAUGUGAGCCCGGACAGCCUGCCCGCCAAGGAGGAGGAGCUGCGGCGGCGCUGGAGCGAGUACAAGAUGGGGGUGCUCCUCGACAAGGUCAAGGACGCACCCGUAGUGGCCGACCAGCACGGCCUACUGCAGCUAUGCCUGGUGCAGGAUGACAUUUCUGCGCGGUUGGAGGCUUUCAAAACCGAGAACGAGCAGAAGCUGCUGAGCAUGAAACAAGAGAAGGAGCGGCUGCAGCGGGAGCUGGAAGACCUCAAGUACUCUGGGGAAGCCGCGCUGGUGAGCGAGCAGAAGCAGAUAGUCGAGUUACAGAAGCGCCUCAAGGCGGAGGAGCAGCGACGCGAUGAGGCUCGGGAUAAGGUGGAGAGUGCCAGGAGGACGCUGGAAACGGCCAAGGAAGGCCUGGAGCACCUGGCGGGCAAGCUGAGCCACGUCACCUUGGGAGGCCCCGCCCUCGAGGAAGCCAUGCCUAGAAGCUCCCAGGACUUAAAAGACGGUGCCGCCACUCAGCAGCAGGAGGCCCGCGGCUCCGCGCCAAAGGAGCUGGAUCCCAAUGCAGAUGACUAUCUGCCCAAUCUAAUGGACCUCGUGGCGGAAAAGCUCCUGAAGCUGCAGGCGGAAGUCGAAAAAUACAACGUGCCGGAGGUGCUGCGCCGCAUCGAGGACAGUAAGUUCUACUCCAAGCUAGAGGGAACGCUGCCCUCUCACAACACUCGCAUCACCCUGCCGCCUGCCGGUCUCGAGGACGAGUUCUUGGCCUCCGCAGACGAAGAGGACAGUGAGGAUGAAGACAACGAGGUGCUGACCCGCGAGGAGCUCAAGAGGCGUUCCCAGAAAUUGAUAAAAUCCCGCAGCAAGAUGGGCGGGCCCCCUCCGGGUCCCAGCGGAGCCCCUGAUCCCUCUGGGUCCAACCGCGGGCCCACCAACCCGUCAAAGGCUAAACGCGGCAGGGACAAGAGAGCUGAGGCGGCUGGUGGCGCCCGGAGAAAAGAAAGGGAGUCAGGCCUCCAGACGUUCCCACGAUAAAUCUCCCAACGGGUCUGCGGCUGCCUCGAAAUCGCGCAAUAAAGGUUACCGAGCAAUCCCCAGA